CGUGUUAGCGCCGUGAAACAACUGUGGCUAUGAGCGACGUACAGAUGUGGACAGAUGGAGAGAGGACAGCAGGAAGGAGUUAGUAUGCGUCCUGGGCCGACUUCAGGGGGAACUGUGUCGACAUUCGUCUGGAAAGUCUUCGAAAAAAAAAAAGGGAAACUUCAAGACAAGUCAGUGGUAGGAUUCGAACCCAGCACCUUCCAGUCUUCAGCACGACCUCUGCAAUACCACCAACGAGGGUGCUUCACGCUUCACCCACUGGGGGUGCGAGGGGUGCGGUUCGCACCGGGUGACGUAACGGAGGAUUGGGAGAAUUGGACGGCCUCACGGGGACCCACGGGGAUGAAGCGGCGGCGGCGUGCCAUGCCGCCGAACCGCUGCUGCGACGACAAUUUUUCGGCACUGUCAUCGCGGGUGCGCUGCUUCUUGGUCGUGGUCGUCGUGCUCGUCGUGGUCGUCGCUGUCUUUGUCCCUCUCUACUUCUUGGUCUUUCGGCACCACUUCCCGCACUUCUGGAGUUCCAUCACCGGUGGCACGUCCGGGCCUGACGAUGGCUCAAACACGGGCAAUGGAUGGCAACCUGAUUGUCCUGAUCUCCCUGUGCUGGAUCGCGACCGCUACGACUGCUACCCGGACGACAGCAAAGUGACCAGGCAGCGAUGCGAAGAAAGAGGUUGCUGCUGGGCGCGGUUGGCCAUCGAUGACAUCAUUGACAAGGACCCGGACCUCAAGGUUGAGCCCUUCAGAGAUAAAAUCCCCGCUUGUAUCUACCCCCGUAACUACGGCUACCGGAUCUCUGGAAAGGAGGAGCCCUUUUAUGGUGGAUUCGAACUUCCUCUGCAGCGGAUCCCGGCUCCUUCUCGUUACGGCGACGAUGUACACCACAUCAGGGUACGCGUCGAGAUGCAGACGCCACACAGGCUACGCAUCAAGAUCUACGAUCCAUCGGAUGAGAGGUACGAGGUACCCGAUCCCGUGAUUCCCAUGGACCGCGUCCCCGAUGCAGAAAGUGCGGAGCAGGUUCGAAUGUACGCGACUACCUACAAUCUUGGCGAAAAUGCGCCGUUCAGUAUCAAAGUACGCCGUGCGGACACAGGAAUUGACAUCUUCGAUACGGGCGUUGGAGGGCUGACAUUUUCUCACCAGUUCUUGCAAAUCUCGACGAAGCUUCCAUGUCAUCGAAUCUAUGGAUUGGGUGAACAUCUGCAUAAAACGUUCCCUCACGACACAAAAUGGCGGACGUGGAGCUUCUUCAACAGAGACGCAUACCCCGAGGAUUUCUCUAACCUGUACGGGUCUCACCCGAUGUACAUGUGCGUUGAGAAGGACUUUAAUGCACAUGCAGUGCUGCUGCUCAAUAGUAAUGCCAUGGAAGUGCAACUCCAGCCAACCCCAGCCAUCACAUUCCGCACGACGGGUGGCAUCUUGGAUUUCUACUUCUUUCUAGGUCCUACGCCAGAGGACGUCGUCAAGCAGUACACGGCUGCCGUAGGGCGUCCCAUGAUGCCUCCGUACUGGGCAUUGGGAUUCCAUCUAGGUCGGUGGGGAUAUGGAAGCGCGGAAUACGUGGAAGAGGUGCAGAAGAAAAUGCGAGACAUGGAUAUGCCUCAAGAUGUUGCUCACUUGGACAUGGAUUACCGGUCCCACUAUCGUAUGUUCACCUUGGACGAAGACAAAUUUGCAAAACUUCCCGACGUUGUACGGGACAUUAAAGGCCGCGGCCAACAUGUGAUGCUAGUCUUAGAUCCUGCCAUUAGUUCUGCAAAGGACAAAGGCGUCUAUCCCGCCUAUACGACGGGCGCCUCCCUUGGAGUCUUCGUCAACGACACUUGGGGAAACCAACACCUGCAAGGCGCUGGUUGGCCAGGACCUGUUGUCUUUCCUGACUUUGGCAAUCCUUCUACACAGCCGUGGUGGACCGAAGAAUUGAAACAGUUUCACGAACUACUGCCCUUUGACGGUAUUUGGAUUACGUCCAACGAGCCCUCAAACUACGUCAACGGUUCCAUAAGUGGCUGUGUCUACGAUGACCUCAACAGGCCUCCUUACAAGCCAAAAACAAAAGGAAAUAGUCUAUUCGAGGGAACCUUGUGCAUGGACGCCGUGCAAUGGCUCAACGGAAUUCAACGGCGUCAUUACGACAUCCACAACCUGUACGGCCAUAUGAUGAGCGCCGCCACUUAUCAGUCCCUGGCUGAAUUAUUUGGACACCGUCGUUUUUUGCUGAUGUCCCGUUCCACCUUCGUCGGAAGCGGUCGCUACGUUGGUCACUGGCUCGGGGACAAUGCUAGCCGUUGGCCUGACAUGGCACACUCAAUACCCACCAUUCUGGAGUUCUCCAUCUUCGGCAUCCCGUUGGUAGGAGCGGACAUUUGCGGAUAUUUCGAUGAUGCUGCAGAAGAGCUGUGUCUGCGAUGGACACAACUAGGAAUAUUCUAUCCUCUUGCCAGAAACAACAACGCUAUCCAUAACAGAGCGCAAGACCCAUCGGCGUUCAGCGAAAGCUUUCAGAACAUGGUGCGAAGAGCUUUGAAAAUAAGAUAUGAACUGUUGCCGUAUCUCUACACACUCUUCUACGACGCUCAUACCAAAGGCACAACAGUGGCUAGGCCUCUUUUCCACGUGUUUCCGGACGACAUUGAUACUCAUGACAUCGACAAACAGUUCAUGUGGGGCGACGCUUUGCUGAUCAGUCCAGUACUGGAACAGGGGUCCAUUCUCGUCGACGGAUAUUUCCCUAAGGGUACCUGGUACGAUUACCAUACAGGACAGGUCUUCGCCGAAGGGCCGUUAGGCCAAUGGCUGCCCAUUCAUUCUUCCAUGGACAACCCUGAGAGGCCAUGUAACCUGCACGUGAGGGGAGGAUCAAUAAUCGUUACACAAAGACCCGCUAAUACUACCGCAGUGAGCCGUAGAAACCCUAUGAAACUCAUUGUUGCACUGAGCCAUACACAGGAGGCAGUAGGUGACCUCUACUGGGACGACGGUGAAACCAAAGAUGCUCAUAUCCUUGGUGAAUGCAUCUUUGUGAAUUUUCGAGCAUUCAACAACACUUUGAACAUCACCAGUUUCCCCCAGAAGCAAGCGUUCCAGUCCAGCUUCGAUAUGGUGUCCAUUACAGAAGUUAAUGUCUUCGGUGUGCCAAGGAGGCCUCAACGCGUCAUUCUGGACGACGACUAUCCAUUGAACUUGAGGCAGUUCAGGUGGCAUCACACCCGCAGGGUGGCUAUCUUCAAGAAUAUUUUACUUCCACUGUCAAAGAACAGCACAAUCAAGUGGUUUAUGCGCUGAACACUCUCAGUCGAGGCUUCAACGCGACCAUCCUGUCGUGCAGCUGCUGUGAUAGUCAUGAGAGAUGUCUUUAUCCAACGUGAAAACUAAGUCAUACACCGUUCCACUGCCGGUUCUCCUUCAACCAGCUUGAGGGCUUCCAAAGAUAGUUUCACUAUUAUAGCAUCCAUCGUAUACAGUUCCUAGACCUGUAUGUGGAGGAUGGUCAGCGGUGCCGAAAGCCGGCCAGUGCUGGCGCCACCUAUAGAUAUUGAAGACCUUCUUGUGUAAUGUCGAGAUGUCGUCUGCUUCAGCCAAGCCGAUAGCCAAGCACAGACUUUCUGUGGCUAUUAGUGGCUGCACUUGCGGCUCACGGCAGCUCGUCUCCAUAGCCGAAAGCACUGUCGUGAUUGGUGGGCUCUUGACUACGUCACGUCUUUUAAGUGAUUAGGCUUUGUUUAGCUAGGUGGUGUUGGCACUUUCCUCCUGUCCUGCAUGUAUGGGAAAGCAUGCCGUCUGCGGUAGCUGAUCUUUCUAAAUAACACCUUGCCAAAUGCCAACGCUGGUUGUGUGAGACUUAUUGUUCAUAUAUGUGCCUAGUAUUCGUGCUCAAUGUAAUAUAGCUCAUCGAAACAAAAACAAAAGUGAAACGAGAAAUAACUCGUAUAUGCCAUCUUCAACCCCGUGUGUGUCCCAUUUUGCAACGUCGGGAUUGAAUUGUGCGAGAAUUUGACGCAAUUUCACGGAAUGUCUCUGAGAGCAGUUAGUCAACAGAAAUAAAGUUGGUAUUGAUGGUCAUUAUGGCGAUUGCCAUUCGGCCGCCGAAUAUCUCAAAAUGUAAGGAAGGGACAGAAACACUUGUUCCGAUUAUAUUUACACCGUCUUCGUCAUUCGUCGUGUAAACUAGACAGGAUUGAGUGGUACUAUUAGGUACUCCAAAACUGGGGAUUUGUAAGCUUCCCGACGUGCGUAGUACUUCAAAAACAUCAAGAUUCACCUGUUUGAUGACUGUUGCUCGGAUUGCAAUUAUCCUUUUUGGGAAUGAUGUAUAUAUAAGAGUAAACAGGACGCAAGUUGUUAGUCAUGUAGGAUAUAAAGAAAAAAUAUACAUUUUGGCCCAAAGUGGGCUUGUAUGCUUUCCUUGGACCUCCAGAUAAUGCGAUAAGUUCAAAAUCUGCUUUUAUCACUCCUCCAACAGCUGCCACCACGCUGUCCGCCACACGGACAGCUUUCGACAGGGCAACAAAACUAACACUGUUUCCUCGUCGCAGUAGCAGUGUGUGUGUGUGCUUGUGUGUGAAAGCAAAUAAAACUAUGUUUGACAGUA